GAGGCCUGUGGAGCGUAAGCCCUGAUUGGCUGUACGGAAGGCGGCGACGGGGCCGAAGGAGGCCCGUUUGUGUCUAAACGGAGGCUCGGCCACAACGCCACUGGAUUGGUGGUAGGGCGGGGCGGGCCAGAGUCUCCAGCCUGAAGCGGAAGUGGAGGAAAGAUGGAGGACCAUCAGCACGUGCCCAUCGACAUCCAGACCAGCAAGCUGCUCGAUUGGCUGGUGGACAGAAGGCACUGCAGCCUGAAAUGGCAGAGUCUGGUGCUGACGAUCCGCGAGAAGAUCAAUGCUGCCAUCCAGGAUAUGCCAGAGAGCGAAGAGAUCGCCCAGCUGCUGUCUGGGUCCUACAUUCACUACUUUCACUGCCUAAGAAUCCUGGACCUUCUCAAAGGCACAGAGGCCUCCACGAAAAAUAUUUUUGGCCGAUACUCUUCACAGCGGAUGAAGGAUUGGCAGGAGAUUAUAGCCCUGUAUGAGAAGGACAACACCUACUUAGUGGAACUCUCUAGCCUCCUGGUUCGGAAUGUCAACUAUGAGAUCCCCUCACUGAAGAAGCAGAUUGCCAAGUGCCAGCAGCUGCAGCAAGAAUACAGCCGCAAGGAGGAGGAGUGCCAGGCAGGGGCUGCCGAGAUGCGGGAGCAGUUCUACCACUCCUGCAAGCAGUAUGGUAUCACGGGCGAAAAUGUCCGAGGAGAACUGCUGGCCCUGGUGAAGGACCUGCCGAGUCAGCUGGCUGAGAUCGGGGCAGCGGCUCAGCAGUCCCUGGGGGAAGCCAUUGACGUGUACCAGGCGUCUGUGGGGUUUGUGUGUGAGAGCCCCACAGAGCAGGUGUUGCCAAUGCUGCAGUUCGUGCAGAAGCGGGGAAACUCAACGGUGUACGAGUGGAGGACAGGGACAGAGCCCUCUGUGGUGGAGCGACCCCACCUCGAGGAGCUUCCGGAGCAGGUGGCAGAAGACGCGAUUGACUGGGGCGACUUUGCGGUAGAGGCAGUGUCUGAGGGGACUGACUCUGGCAUCUCUGCCGAGGCUGCUGGAAUCGACUGGGGCAUCUUCCCGGAAUCAGAUUCAAAGGACCCUGGAGGUGAUGGGAUAGACUGGGGAGACGGUGCUGUUGCUUUGCAGAUCACAGUGCUGGAAGCAGGAACCCAGGCUCCAGAAGGUGUUGCCAGGGGCCCAGAUGCCCUGACACUUCUUGAAUACACUGAGACCCGGAAUCAGUUCCUUGAUGAACUCAUGGAGCUUGAGAUCUUCUUAGCCCAGAGAGCAGUGGAGUUGAGUGAGGAGGCAGACGUCCUGUCUGUGAGCCAGUUCCAGCUGGCUCCAGCCAUCCUGCAGGGUCAGACCAAAGAGAAGACGGUUACCAUGGUGUCAGUGCUGGAGGAUCUGAUUGGCAAGCUUACCAGUCUUCAACUGCAACACCUGUUUAUGAUCCUGGCCUCACCAAGGUAUGUGGACCGAGUGACUGAAUUCCUCCAGCAAAAGCUGAAGCAGUCCCAGUUGCUGGCUUUGAAGAAAGAGCUGAUGGUGCAGAAGCAGCAGGAGGCACUUGAGGAGCAGGCAGCUCUGGAGCCUAAGCUGGACCUGCUGCUGGAGAAGACCAAGGAGCUGCAGAAGCUGAUUGAAGCUGACAUCUCCAAGAGGUACAGCGGGCGCCCUGUGAACCUGAUGGGAACCUCUCUGUGACACCCUCCGUGUUCUUGCCUGCCCAUCUUCUCCGCUUUUGGGAUGAAGAUGAUAGCCAGGGCUGUUGUUUUGGGGCCCUUCAAGGCAAAAGACCAGGCCGACUGGAAGACGGAAAGCCACAGGAAGGAAGCAGCACCUGAUGGUGAUCUUGGCACUCUCCAUGUUCUCUACAAGAAGCUGUGGUGAUUGGCCCUGUGGCCUGUCAGGUGAAAACCACAGCUUCUUCUAAUUAGUAUAGCAGACUUCAUAAAAGAGGAAAAAACUCUUGCCUCAGUACUGACAGUUCCUUAUGCUGCUUCGCUGAGCCGGCAGUUGAGGCUUCGCACCUGUUUUCGUGGGGUUCUUGAUCCAGGUGGGCUCCCCGGGCCAUCAGCUGUCACUGUGGAGCCCCAAGUUGAGGACUUUUCCCCUUUGCUUCUGGUGAUAAGGAGGACCCCAGAUCUACAAAUGGUUCAGCAAGGGGCUCUGGGAUGGCUGCGUGUGGGCCCCUUUCCAUAACCAGGCCCAGGCCGCCCGACUCAGGCCAGAAGCCCGGGGGGAGCAGUCAAGCAGCAGCCUUGUUGGAGCCAGCAAAGCUGUAUUUUCCUUUUAAUCACAGCUUACCUCCAGGCAGAGGGAAAAUGCGGUUUGGGGAGGAGGGGUCUGAUAAACAAGGUGGAGACAGGAGCUGUCACCUUCCCUGGCUGCCUGUCCACUUCCUGCCCAUAACUGCCCGCUCUGUGAUCGGAUAGAGCCCACCCCAGGAUAGCAGCCCUCUCCCAAGCCACCUACCCAUUCCCAUUUCCCAGGAAGGGUAGGGGUUGGGGGUGGCCGGCAAUUCGAUUUUAAUUUCAUAGCAGAGCAGUUGAUUCAUGGCUCUUUGUCGCUGGCGUUGACUCCCGUAAUGACUUUCCAUCAAAAUGAAAAGUGGAGUGACACCA